AAGGCAGAACGAUUGUUUUUUAUACGUUCUCACAUUGUAUGAAGUUUGAAAGCGAUGGUGUUUCUAGAAUGUAAAGUGCCGGGGCUUUUGUAUGAGUCGCAAGUGAUUCACGGGGGAGCCGUGCAACAAAAGAAUUAAGCGAGGAGAGCAACAGCUGGCCUCUAGACCUGAUUCGAGCGAGAACGGAAGGUUUGUGGUUUGGUGAUUCCGAGCUUUUCGCCGAGCAGAGAUGCGUGUAUCCUCUUCUACUCACCAAUGUGAGGGAUUCCACAGGUGCUACAUGCCAGGACCUGAUACUCCUGCUCGUGUGUUGAUAGAUCAUCGGACUACUUAGGCUGGCACACCUAAUCUUCAAGCCUGCUUUUCAGGAACGCACCAUGGCUUAUCGCAGAGCUGUGCACUCUGUCAGGGCUGAUAAGUAAGUGCGCAUCACUGGACGUGUUAACAUGCCAAAGUGCUGCGAAGAGGUUGAAGGAUUUCUCCGCAUCAUCUGUGAACACGCCCUGCCUCGCUUUCCCGGUUACGCUUCGCGCCCUGCCUCGCGGUCCAGUCGACCAGUCGAUUAGCCGGUCGGGUUCUCUUGGAUUAAUUAAACUAUCUUGCGGACGUUUGCAACAUUGUUCGCACGCCACUCGGAAGACAUGCCCACUCACAACAUGAUUUCGUACGUGGAGACGCCCGACGCGCUGGGCCAGGACAUCCUGAACAACGGCAGCGCCAGCAUGCCCGGCGCCGGCUCCAGCAUGACGCCGCACGGCAGCGCCGGCGAGAAGCCGACGGUCCGCGCCCCCCCGGCCGUGGAGUGCAUGUUCUGCGACAAGACCUUCCAGCGGCAGGAGGAGCUGAGCCCCCACGUGCUCACCCAGCACCCCACCACGCUGUUCGGGCCGGCCGUCCUGCGCGUGGAGGCCCAGUUCCUCAGCCCCGGGGAGAAGGCCCGCCCCCAGGCUCCGCCCCCGGCCCCGCCCUCACCUGGCGACGGCACGGCGGAGAGGGAGGAGGAGGAGGAGGAGGAGCAGCGGGCGAGCUGUGCGGUGUGCGGGCAGGCGGUGGGCGACGCCGGCGAGCUGGAGGCCCACAUGAGGAAGCACAAGGACUCCUUCACCUACAGCUGCGGCCUGUGCGGCCGGCGCUUCAAGGAGCCCUGGUUCCUCAAGAACCACAUGAGGACGCACGGGAAGGCCGGCGCCAAGAGCCGCGCCCAGCAGGACCCGGAGACGCCCGCCACCGUCAACGACGUGGUGGUGCGGGAGCCGGCGCCGGCGCCCACCGGCUCCCCCUACAGGAUGUGCAUGGUGUGCGGCUUCCUCUUCCCCAGCAUGGAGGCGCUGGCCGAGCACAGCAAGGUGCACAGCCGCGAGCCGGACGCCGACGAGGACGGGGGCCCGGAGCCCGACCCGCGGCCGGCCCCCGAGGGCCCCGUCUCCCAGGAGGGCUUCCUGCGGCUCCUGGACCUGCGCCCGCGGGGGGCCCAGCCCGGCGCCCCCGAGAGGCCCGCCAAGUGGAUCGCACAGCUGGACCCCUUCAACACCUACCAGGCCUGGCAGCUGGCCACCAGGGGCAAGAUCGCCACGGGCCCCAGCCAGGCCAAGGAGCUGAGCCCGGACGCCGGCUCGGAGAACGACAACGACUCGGGCUCCGACAAGGAGGAGCUGGGCGAGAUCUGGACCGGCGGCCGGGCGGGCAAGUCCCUGAGGGAGGGGCUCCGGAGCGAGCAGAAAGCGGGCCCCUCCCCCGAGCCCGACCCCAAGGCCCAGGCCAGCAAGGAGAAGCCCACCCACUGCAGGGACUGCGGGAAGACCUUCCGCACCUACCACCAGCUGGUGCUGCACUCCCGGGUCCACAAGAAGGACCGGGCCGGCACCGACAGCCCCACCGCCUCCGUCGAGGGCAAGCCGGGCGUGGACGGCGGGGCGCUGGACAGGGCGGAGGAGUGCUCCGAGGACAGCUCCGAGGAGGGCGGUCCUGCCGACCUCGGCCACUCAGAUAAAAGUGAAGAUUACUUUGAUAAAUCCAAACUGAAAAUUCUGGCUCCAUCGAAGGAAUGCAGCUACUGUGGAAAGUCUUUCCGUUCCAACUAUUACCUCAACAUUCAUCUCAGGACACAUACAGGUGAAAAGCCGUAUAAGUGUGAGUACUGCGACUACGCGGCAGCUCAGAAGACCUCGCUCCGGUACCACCUGGACCGACGUCACAAAGACAAGCCCGACGUCGACCUGUCCAAGCUUGUGCCGACGUCCCCCACUCCCAGCGAGGCCAAGGACAGAGGACCUCAAGACCCCGCCCCGAAACCGGCCCCCAGCAUGCCUGUUAAAGCCGAGGCCUGGCCCGAGCAGGGCAAGCCGGGCACCCUCGCCCCUGGCGACCAGGAGCAACGGAAACACCUCCCACCCCUGGGCGUGAAGACCGAGGGGAGGGGAGCGGGGGAGGAGCCGUCGGAGGCGCCGCUGAACCUGUCCUUAAGGAUGUCCCUGUCCGUCUCCGCUACCUCGGUGCCCAAGAGCGCGCUGGUGACCAACGCCUGCGCUUCUUGCGCCUACAAAACCUUCUACCCCGAGGUGCUGCUGAUGCACGUCAGGCUGGCGCACAGGGACAAGCUGGAGCCCGCCAAGAAGAGCCACACCCGGAGCUCCAUCGCCGCCCUCAAGAGGAAGCGGCACACGGGCUGCCCGCCCGCGCUGGAGGGCAAGGACGUCAGCCCCCUGCCCCACUUCUACAGGAAGCACCCGCGCCGGACCAAGUCCCCCGUCCAUGGCCCGGAGACGGCCCCCGAGAAGGCCCCUCCCCCUCCUCCACAGCCCGCCCCGCCGGCCAGGCGCCCCGCCCCGCACGAGGCUCCGCCCGCCAGGGCCGCCUACGCCGACGCCCACUCGGGCAGGCCCCUGGCGGCGCCCCGGUUCACCGACCCCGAGAGGGACUGCUUCGUGGUGUCCGUCAAGCCGCCCAUCCAGGACAAGGACCGGCCGGUGGUGAACGGGGCGGCGUGGCCCCCCGACGCGCGGCCUUACCUCCCCGGCCGUUUGGGGACCCCGCAGGUGGACUACGGCGAGCCCUCCGCUAAGAGGGUGAAGUACUCCGGCCCCCCCGCCCGAGAGCUGGACCCCCCCGAGGUCAACGAGCUGCGGGACGGCUACACCCGACUGAGGCCGGCGGCGAGGCCAACCAGGAGCUUUCCUCCAGGCAGCCCCUCCUCCAAAACACUCCACCCCAUGGCCCCCGUCAAGCCCCCGGGGAAGGUUCCAGAAACGGACUGGAACGUGAUCAACAUCCUGCGGUCCUACAGCCCCAGCGACCUGGCCUCGCUCUACCACCCAACGGCGGGCUCCAGCCACUCAGCUUUUUCUGCACCUACUGCAGGGAGCCGGCCCGUGCCCUAUCAGCAGCACCCCAAUAGCGCGCUACAAAGGAGGAGCGGCGGCGGCCCCGCGAGCGGCGCACGCUGCGGACCCGCCGAUAAGAGCGCUUAAAAAGCCCCGUUUGACAGACCACGGUUUGAAGAACUGGGAAGGACCCUCGCAGCCCCCACCAUCCAACGCUCUGACUCCGAAGACCUCGACCAAUGAGGAAGGUUUACCCCAUCCCAUAUAAGCUGUGACCCCUCCCCAUACAUCUGAAACAAACACUACUUCAAUAGUGCUGGCGGCACCAUUACAAUGCGUUCAUUUUUGUGUGUGUGCGCAUAUAUAAAUAUACACACGCACACAUCUCACACACGCACACACGCACGCACUCCUCUGUAUAUGCCAGUGUGGUGGACAAGUUGGAUGUGUGCAGGAUUUCUGUGCCUAGAGGAAAGCUGAAAAGCUGAACCAGGGGUUUGGUUGGUUGGGUAUUUGUG